AUGACGGACGCCGAACUGCUCGAUGGGCUCGAUGAGGAGCUGGGCGGGAGCAGCCCGCAGGAGCGUGACUGGCGUGGAAUGGCCACCGCCAUCAUCGUCAUCCUCGCCAUUUGCUCGCUGAUCGCCGGCGCCGUCUUCCUCUUUACGCCAUUCUCCGGCAACGCCCCAAAACUGCCCGUGCCGACGCCGUACAGUGUCGUCAACUACUGGCACAGGAAGGAGCAGUGGAUUGACGAGCAGCACAUACAGUAUUUUUAUAAAAACGAGAUGUGGACGCUUGACGUCACCAACAACCAGACGACCCCCUCCAAGCCGAUGGCGUCGAAUUUCGGCGACGCUUCUGGAGAUGGGCGGUACUACGUGGCGUCGGAGACGAACAACAAUCCGUCCCGCAAUCCCGAGUGGAUAACGAAGACGUACCAGAUUGUGGAGCUCGGCGGAAAGAAAAGCCGUCGGGACGUGGUGGGCGCGGGCGGCGGCCGGAACCUGCAGACGUUUGCCUGGGACCCGAAGGGACAUGCCUAUGCAUUCGUCCAAGACGGGCAGCUCUACUUUCGCGAAACGCCCGAGACCGGCGGCGAGCCGAUGAGGAUCUCGGACGGCGAGAAGACAAAGUGGAACGGGCUGCACGACUGGGUGUACACCGAGGAGAUUCACGACCGGUCGAAGGGGGCGAUUUGGUGGGCCCCGUCCGGUAAAGCGAUCGCCUACCCGGUGCACGAGCCGAACCUGACGAUCCCCAUCAACCUGGCCGCCUACAACCCUGGCGACAAAUACCCCCUGAACUCCGACGUGCACUACCCCAAGACAAACGCCGACCGCGCCAACAUGCCCGUCUACGAGCUGGCCAUCUGGGACCGCAACACCAACCAGGCCCGCAUCAUGGACAUCCAGACCGUCAAGUCGAGCGAGUACCGGUACCUGUUUGCCCAGAAUUGGGUGACGCUGCACGGCCAGGAGCGCCUCGUCGCCACCUGGGCCAACCGCUGGCAAAACGAAACGUCGGUGACACUGUGCGACUUUCAGCGAAGCCGCUGCACCCUGAUCUACGAGCACCAAUACCCAAAAAUGUGGGCCAUGCCGUCCGACUACCAGACGAUGCGCCACACCGACGACUCGCUGUUCGUCAUCUUGCCCAACAUGGGCCCGAACGGGAACUACUACAACCAUGUUGUUCGUCUACAUGUGCCUGCAGGCGACGGCAAGGCAACUCCUGAACCUCUCCCUGCCGGAAACUUCGACGUGGCCGACCUGCUCCGUAUCGACGCGUCGAAUGGACUUUUCUACUUCACCGCCAACGCCCCCGAGCCGUCCGACCUCCACUUGUUCGUCACCAGCUUGACGGCGCAAGGCCAGCCCGCCGCCAACUGCGUGACGUGCGGGAUUCCGGAUUGCACCUAUCAGCAACACGAGCUGUCCCCCGAGCUGAAGCAGGUGCUGAUCAAGUGCCGCGGGCCCGGCCAGCAGCGCAACGUUCGCGCCUGGAUCAACGCCGGGGUGAUGCGACAGGAAACACUGCCCCUGCCCCCGCCGACAAACUACACCGAAUUCAUGUCCACCCACGCGCAGCCGAUCAUCCGCUUCGAGGAGGUGCAGCUGGCCAACGGGUUCUCCGCCCUCUGCAAAAUCAUCCUGCCGUACGAACCGCAGCGCAACGCCCGCCCACUACCCGUCAUGCUCUACGUCUACUCCGGCCCCGGUUGGCAUGCCGUCGACAAGAGCUCCACAUGGCAGCCGCACCACUGGUGGGCGCUGAACCAGUCGAUGGCCAUCGUCAUGAUCGAUGCUCGUGGCUCGGCCGCCCGUGGCUGGAACUACCGCUCGGCCAUCUACGGCCACCUCGGCGACAUCGAGAUGGACGAUCAGGCUGAGGCCAUGGUAAAGCUUGUCGGCACCCACUCGCACUGGUUUGACAAGAACCGCGUGAUGGUCUACGGCUGGUCGUAUGGCGGCUACGCGACGUUGUCGAUCGUCGAGCGCGCCCCGGUCGGGUUCUACCGCUGCGCCAUGUCGGUGGCCCCGGUCACCAACUUCUUGUACUAUGACGCCACCUACACGGAGCGGUACAUGGGCGCCGUCAAGGACAGUGACUAUGAUAAGGGUGACGUCUCGCUCGGCGACAUCAACAAGUUCCGCCACACCAACCUGUUGCUCGUCCAUGGACUCUAUGAUGACAAUGUCCACUUCCAACACAGCGCCCUCUUCAUCGAGAAGCUCCAGAUUGCCGGCAUCAAAUUUGAUCUGAUGGUCUACCCGAACCAGGCGCACAGCAUCAUCGACCGCCGGCUCCACCUCGACAAGCUGCAGCUGAACUUCAUCAUGUCGUGCAAUGCC